UAUAUAUAUAUUGGGAUUCCGUGUAGGAUUCACGUUCGUGCACUCACAGUUGGAAGCUUGCAGCUCACAGCAGCACGGCAGUGACGACUGAUAGCCCACCAUUGGAAUCUGACCUUCUGGGUGUUAUUCCACGGUGUUUCAUUUCUGCCUGUUUGCUGCUGCUUCUACUCCUUCCACCUCCACUUAUUUUCUGAAAAAGAGGGAACCAUGAACGCAUUAGCAGCAACCAACAGAAACUUCAAGCUAGCAGCUAGGCUUUUGGGUCUUGACUCCAAGCUCGAGAAGAGCUUGCUCAUCCCUUUCAGAGAAAUCAAGGUUGAAUGUACAAUUCCUAAAGAUGAUGGAACUUUGGCAUCAUUUGUUGGGUUCAGGGUUCAGCAUGACAAUGCCAGAGGUCCCAUGAAAGGAGGAAUCCGAUAUCAUCCUGAGGUUGAUCCUGAUGAAGUGAAUGCACUAGCACAGCUCAUGACAUGGAAAACUGCAGUGGCAAAUAUUCCAUAUGGUGGUGCAAAAGGUGGGAUUGGAUGCAACCCAGGAGACCUGAGCAUUUCAGAACUAGAAAGGCUUACUAGGGUUUUCACCCAAAAGAUUCAUGAUUUGAUUGGAAUUCAUAUUGAUGUUCCUGCCCCUGAUAUGGGCACUGGCCCUCAGACCAUGGCUUGGAUUCUCGACGAAUACUCCAAAUUCCAUGGCCACUCACCUGCUGUGGUCACAGGAAAACCCAUUGAUCUUGGUGGGUCACUUGGGAGAGAUGCUGCAACUGGGAGAGGAGUGCUGUUUGCAGCUGAGGCCUUGCUGAAUGAGCAUGGAAAGACUGUUUCUGGACAGCGAUUUGCCAUACAGGGUUUUGGUAAUGUGGGUUCCUGGGCUGCCCAACUGAUUCAUGAGCAAGGUGGGAAGGUUGUUGCAGUGAGUGACAUCACUGGGGCUAUCAAGAAUAGCAAAGGAAUUGAUGUACCAAGUCUCAUGAAACAUGUGAAGGAACACAAGGGUGUGAAAGGGUUUCAUGGAGCUGAUGCCAUUGAACCCCAAUCAGUAUUAGUUGAGGACUGUGACAUCCUAAUCCCAGCUGCCCUUGGAGGUGUCAUCAACAGGGAAAAUGCCAAUGAUAUCAAAGCCAAAUUUAUUGUUGAAGCUGCUAAUCAUCCAACUGAUCCAGAAGCUGAUGAGAUAUUGUCAAAGAAAGGUGUUGUGAUUCUUCCAGAUAUUUAUGCAAACUCGGGUGGAGUUACUGUUAGUUACUUUGAGUGGGUGCAGAACAUUCAAGGAUUCAUGUGGGAGGAAGAGAAAGUGAAUGAUGUACUGAAGACUUACAUGACCAAAGGGUUCAAAGAUGUGAAGGAGAUGUGCAAAACACAUGAUUGUGAUCUCAGGAUGGGCGCCUUCACCCUCGGAGUUAACCGUGUUGCCCGAGCUACUGUUCUUCGAGGUUGGGAAGCUUGAUGAUGAGAUUCUGAUGAUGAUGAUCACUAAUUUGGAAUAAGGUUUUGGAAGGCUCCAGCUGCAGCCCCUACCCGUUCUUUUUUCUUUAUAUAGUCUGCAGCAAUUUCUCAUAACCAAGAUUUAUUUCUUGCCAUAUCUACUCGGCCAUAUUUUCAGUGCGUGAUUUGUCAUUCCAAUUCCUUGCAUAAAGGAGGGAAAUGUAUCCAAGUUACAUUAAAUUUUAGUUUAGAAUGAGUGGUAAUCAUACCACAAGGAGAGCCAUCUGCAAUUCUGCAUAUCAUGAUCAGUUCUGAAUUCUGCUAUGGUAUUUGUGGGCGGAGAUAUGACUGAACUGGAAGGGCCGAUUAUUACUGAAAUGAUAGAAACCGUUAUCAAGUUUCCUUUAUGCCUCUUCAGUGUAAGAUUAGUUUAUACUUUAUCGAGUUCAUAUAAUAGAUGAAUGAAGAAUGUACAAAAUGGGUUAUCUUUUUCAAAAUGGGUGAAUGGAAAUGUACAAAGGGCACUGUACAACUAUACAAUUUACAUAUGACCC